UCAGUUCGCCACUGAUUUUCGAGGACUCGACGGCGUGGUCAAGACUUGAGGAGCUUGACCCGCUCACGAGAGAGGACUUCGCUUGGAUGCCUCUACCCUCAACCGGAACCUUGCCAAGACCGCAUUGUAACGCCUUGAUGGCAAAUCUACGCUCCUACUUGCACGCUGCAGUACCAGCUCUGUUGACGGACGACGGAGUAGCGGUUGUCGAUCUCCGCUCCUAUCUUGCGAAGAUUGACCGCGAGUACGCCACCCAAAGGUACGCCGAGACCGACGCGCCUUUGCUCUAUAUCCGCAUUCAAAUCGGAAAGGCAACCUGCAGUGCCUUGAUUGAUUGCGGAGCAUCUUGCAAUUUCAUGAGCCAAGCCUUUAUGGCCCGCGCAGGCCUUGGCCCGCACGUUCGAAGGAAGACGCAACCUAUGCAAGUUUCACUCGCGGACGACCGCACUCAAAAGUCGAUCGACCGAUGCAUUGACGGCAUCCCGGUAUACUUUGCGCCCCUUGCGUGCGAGUCGGUGUCUUUCGACAUCCUCGACACCAAGUUUGACAUGAUUCUAGGCAUGUCUUGGUUGCGGAGCGCCGAUCAUCCGGUGAACUUUCAUGAUCGAACCGUUCACGUUCGUGAUCGGAACGGAGUGUUAGUCCCAUGUAUGGUCGCGACCCCUCACACUUCGAUUGCUUGUCACGUGGUUUCCGUUGCAAGGAUUCGCGACGCCAUAGCUCGGAACGACGUCGAGGAGAUGGGCCUUGUUUUCUUACAUGCCCUUCCCUCGCCGGACGGACCAGCCGUGUCGCCGUCGGACCCACGUAUUAUCCACCUCUUAGACGGAUAUGGAGACGUCUUCGAGGCUCCCACCGGAACGGUUCCGGAUCGGCCCAUACGUCACGGGAUUACUCUCGAGGCGGGUGUCAUCCCUCCGCGUGGAUGCAUUUACCGCAUGAGCGAAGAGGAACUCGAGGUGCUUCGCACACAACUCGAUGACCUUCUCGACAAAGCCAAGUACAAAGCAAACCGCGACAAGUGCGAAUUCGCCAAACAAGAGCUCGAGUACUUAGGCCAUUAUGUGAUGCUGAAAGGCAUUCGUCCCUUAGCGGACAAGAUCCAAGCCAUCGUGGAUUGGUCGGAACCCCGUUGCACGACGGAUGUACGCUCUUUCAUGGGUUUGGCUGGAUACUAUCAUUGUUUCGUCGAGUCUUACUCCAAAGUGGCAGCUCCUUUGUCGAAACUUCAGUCCCCGAAGUGCGAGGGGGGCGUGCUGCGGAAAGGGGCUGAGCGGCGGCGGAGGUUCCGUCCCCAGGCCGUUGCGACUGUGCGGGCAGGGUGUGGUGCUUCCAUCGCUGUGGACUUUUGCACACGUCGACUGCGCGUUGCUCCUCUUUGCCGUUUGCGGGACUGUAAGCAUAGAAAAGGGGGCGCCUUUCGACGAACGUCUUCGACUUUCGUCGCGUGGGGAAGUACGACACAGACGACAGCGGAACGACGGGACCGUUUCCACGUCGCGUCUAUGGAGGGCGGCGCAGAGGGUAGACGUGAUCCGUUGACUCAUCGUGAGCUGCAGGCCGUGGCGACGGCCGUGUCCACGAUCAUUCUUCGAUGUCAGCAGGAGAGGGCGCUGGGGCGACUGAAGGAGCAGUUGAGUGCGCGUAGACGGAGGAAAUUGACGCAAGAUCCGUGCGAUGGGGCCGAUUAUGUGGCAACGUCGGAGGCUGUUGUUCAGCUGUGCUACGCGUUGGGUUGCGGAGUGAUACCACGUGCGACGCCGCGGUGGUGGGUGAAGCGCAGGACAGGGGGCACGUGGGAAGACCUCAGGCAAUGCGACGACGCGACAGACGACUACUUCCGGGAUAAGCUUCAAAUGUCGCCGCGAGUGUUCAGGGAAAUCGCGGAGGCGUGUGCGCCUCAUCUUCAGCGGCGGGUCACAUUCUACAGGCAGCCUUUGCAGCCAGACCAGAUUGUGGCGUACGCGCUGUAUAAGUGGGCUUCAGGAGAGACGUACGAGAGCAGCACGUGCAACUUCGGGAUUGGACGAGCUUCUGGGCUGAUUGUCGUCCGCGACGUUACUGCUGCGCUGCUAAGGGUGUUCGGAGAGAAGAUCGCGUGGCCGACAGGACUGCAUGAACUCGUCAUUCUGCGGGCGUUUGUUGAUAAAGGGUUCCCCAACUGCCACGGUUGCAUUUAUUGUACUCACGUCUACGUCGACAAGCCGGCGAACGCUCCGAGCGAAAACUACUACGACAGGAAGCGCCGUUUCUCCAUCGUCGCACAGGUUGUCGUCGACCUGGACUUGCGUGUGCUCGACGUGCACAUGGGAUACACAGGUAGCUGCCACAACAUCAGGGUGCUGCAGUUGUCCAGCCUGUCGCUGCCCGCAAAGGAGGGGUCGUUGUUCCACGGUCCCCCCGUGACACUGUCGUUCGGUGUGAAGACGAACGGGUACGUUCUGGCGAACAAUGGGUACCCCCCUUCCGAAUGGAUGGUCGUCCCGUUGUCAGGCGGCCACAAGCAGUGCGCCGCCUGAGAUCUGCAGUUUUGGGGCUUAGGCUCAGGGACGAAUCC